AUGGAUGCUGUGGAGCCAGGGGGGCACGGCUGGGCUAGGAUAUUGUCAUGCGAGCUUUGGACAGCCAUCAUCAGGGCGCUAUUUGCAGAGUUCCUGGCCACGGGGCUGUACGUGUUCUUUGGCGUGGGCUCAGCUCUGCAGUGGCCCUCGGCACUUCCCUCUGUGCUGCAGAUUGCCAUCACCUUCAACCUGGUCACAGCUAUGGUUGUGCAGGUCACCUGGAAGGCCAGUGGGGCCCACGUCAACCCUGCUGUGACGCUGGCCUUCCUCGUGGGCUCCCACAUCUCUCUGCCCCGUGCUGUGGCCUAUGUGGCUGCCCAGCUGGCAGGGGCCACCGUAGGGGCUGCUCUGCUUUACGGGGUCACACCAGGAGACAUCCGAGAGACCAUUGGGAUUAAUGUGGUCCAGAACAGCGUCUCGAUUGGCCAGGCAGUGGCAGUGGAGCUGGUUUUGACCUUGCAGCUGGUACUCUGUGUCUUUGCUUCCACCGACAACCGUCAGACAUUGAGCUCCCCAGCCACCAUGAUUGGGAUCUCUGUGGCAUUGGGCCACCUCAUUGGGAUCUACUUCACUGGCUGCUCUAUGAACCCAGCCCGCUCCUUCGGUCCUGCUGUCAUCAUUGGGAAGUUCACAGUCCACUGGGUCUUCUGGGUGGGACCCCUGACAGGAGCUGUCCUGGCUUCACUGAUCUACAACUUUAUCCUGUUCCCUGACACCAAGACCCUGGCCCAGCGACUGGCCAUCCUCACAGGCACUGCAGAAGGAGAGAGUGUGGUAGGGGUGGAGCCCCAGAAGAAAGAAUCCCAAUCCAGUUCAGGGGACAUGGAAAUGGAGAGUGUGUGA